AUGAGGGUUGGCGAGGUGGCACAGUUUUGGUGUGAUGCCAUUCACACAGGUCUCUAUCCCCUGGUUUCCAAAGGGAUACGUUUGGCUGCACAGGGCAAAGACCCACUAGAAGGCCAGAAGCACAUGUGUGGUGUGGGCAAUGUGUUCACCUACCAUUCCACAGGCUUUCCUGAGCUUGAUGAGCUGAUGAGGGAACCACAACCUCUAAUCUUCAUCAUGGAGCUAAUCUCAGUCGGUGCACCAUUCUCUUACCUUCAUGAGUCUUGGCUCAUGGAGAAGGAUGAAAAGAUGCAGCUUGUACCCACCCUUCACCAACAAGGCAACACACUCGUUAAAAAGAAAUGUUAUCAUGAAGCAUCUGAGAAAUACAAGGAGGCUGUGCUGCUGUUACGUACCAUCCAGUCAAGGGAGAUGCCAGGAGAUGAGGAUUAUAUUAAGCUGAGCAAGCUUAUUAUGCCCCUGGUCCUCAAUUACUGCCAGUGCAUGCUAGAGCUUGAGGAAUACUAUGAAGUAAUUGAGCACACCACAGAACUUAUUGAGAAACAUAAAGACUGUGUGAAGGCUUACUAUAAGCGGGCCAAAGCUUAUGCUGCUGUCUGGAGUGAGAAGGAGGCCAAAAGGGACUUCCUGAUGGUGGCCAAAUUGGACAUGACUCUGGCUAAACUAGUUCAGAGAGAACUGAAACUCCUCUCAGAAACAAUGAAAGAAAAAUACUGGGAGGACAAAGAAAAAUACUGGAACAUAUUUGAGAAGAAAACGAGUAUUGAGAAUGGGAAGAUUACUGAGGGAAAAAAAGAGGAAGAAUGUGUAGCAAAGCAAGAUAAAAAAUUGAAUUUGAAUGACAAUGUGCAGUAUUUUCAGAAAAUUGUCAAAGAGGAGCAGGAGUGUGAGAGUGCAGAGGCAAGCACACAAAAUAUGCAAUUGGAAAAGCCAAAAUCAGAAGUUAAUCACCAAAUUGCUGCUGCAACUGCAGGCAUGGAUCGGCAGCAGUUGUUACGGAUAAUAUUGCUGCUUCAGGAUGAAGGGAGUUUCUACAUUAAAGAGCAGCACUUUGCUGAUGCCAUGGUGAAAUUUAAAAAUGCCCUGGAGUAUGUAGAGUAUCUUCAAACCAAGGUAAGCAUGGUAAUAGGUAAGAUCCCAUAAAAUCAACAUGAGUCAGUCCUAUCCACAAUCAAUUUAGCGGAGCUGUUAUAUAGCAUAGUAUAUAAGUAAGUAUACUGCAAAAAUAUAAAGAGUUCUAUAUAGGGAUAUUUGUGCACAUCCAGCCAUGUCUCAAACUAUUUGUGUGUAGGAGAUAACAAAGGACUAUAAAGGAGAGGACUGGGAGUCACUGGAGAAAGUACGCCUACCACUCACCCUCAACCUGAGCCAAUGCCUGUUUGAGCUUGGAGAAUACCAGGAGGUGGUCAAACUCAAUACCCAACUACUAAAAAAUCACAGAGGUGAAUUCACAUUCAUUGCCAAAUUGGACAGAAAAACCACAAUUUCACACCACCAACAAAUCAGAGACAGCAAAACUAGAAGCUUGCAAAAAUGCACAUAGACCUCUUCCUUUGCCCUCCUGUUGUAAGUUGAGUUUUAGGGAGUUUUUAGAGCUUCCAGUUUUUAGAGGAAACACUUUCAGUUUUCUUUCGAGCAAUCAUUUAGGUGUCCAGGCCAUGUUAGGACCCUGGCUUCAUAUGAACACUGUGCCGACUUUUGUCUCAAAACCAGCAAUUGUCUAUUAGGAACUCACUGUUCCCAAGGAAUCCAAUUAGGAUUCCAGUGUGUCCACUUCUGAGCCUGGUUUCUCUCAAGGUUUCUUCCUCAUAUCUCAGGGAGAUUUUCCUUGCAUCCUUCGCCUCAGGCUUGCUCAUUAGGUAUAAAAUAGUAACUUAACUUCAUUCAUUCAUUCAUUGUCUCCCGCUUAUCUGGAGCCGGGUCAUGGGGGCAGUCUAAGCAGGGAUGCCCAGACUUCCCUCUCCCUAUACACUUCUCUCUAACUCUUCCAGGGGAAUUUUAAGGUGUUCUCAGGUCAGCUGAGAGACAUAGUCUCUCAUGGGUCUUUCCCGGGGUAUCUUCCCGGUGGGUCAUGCCCGGAAUACCUCCCCUGGGAGAUGUCCAGGAGGCAUCCGAAACAGGUGCCCAAGCCACGCAACUGGCCGCUUUUGAUGUGGAGGAGUAGCGGCUCUACUCUGAGCUCCUCCCGGGUGACUCCUUACCCUAUCUCUAAGGGAAUGCCCCA